AUGGGGCCUGCUAAAACUGUCAAGGGAGGAUCGUUAGGGAAAGGAACGGCUGUCAAAGGGAAAUGUGAUAUUGAUCUUGUCUUGGUUUUGAAUAAAGUGAAAGAUGCAGAAGAACUGAAGGAAAAACUACCAAUGAUUAUAAAUGACGUUAUAGGAAAGUUGAAACGAAAUAGAGCAGAACUCGCUAUAAUUCGUAACUCUCUAACCGACAAAACAUUCUUAGUGAAAUUUUCAGUUCAGGGAAAACACGUAAAAAUUGAUGUUGACCUCUUACCCACGUUUAAAGUUGGAGAUCUGGAAAGUCUGUAUCAGAAAAUGAAAAUUGACACGCAGAACAGGGAGUAUUAUAGCGUGGCGUUAGCUGAAAAGCAGGUGGACUUUGUUGAAUAUCGUCCACCCAAUGUAAAAAGUUUAAUUCGUCUUGUCAAAUACUGGAAAAAGAAAAUGGUUCGGGAAUUUUCGUCUGGUCGACGGAUCCCAAAUUCAUACCUUUUGGAAUUGAUUAUAAUACAUCUUUGGGAGGAAAAUACGCCUGGAGAUGGCAGGCCGUUGGUAAUGGACCCAGCUAAUCCAAUGAAUAACGUGUGCAAGGGAUUCGUUUGGGAAGAAAUCAGCAUGGCAGCGAGAGAAGUCCUUGAAAGUCCAAUGAUGAAUGGCGUUUCCUCGGACAGUUGGAUUUAA